GAGCCAUACCAAAUCACAACAGUGGUUCACCUGAAGAAACAGAGGUCCCAUUUAUUCAUCACAUGUGCAUCUUGGACAUCUAGAAUAAAGUCCUGACGGGAAACACUUGAUGGAUGAAAUACUUUGCUGUUGUGAAAUUAGCUGGUCUUCUCAUGCUUUUUAUUUAUAAUCUGUUAUAUAUUCUUGCACAGAAUAAUUUGGCUUGGAACAGGGCAAGCCAGAGACUGGUUGGUUUUCAAGCAAAUGAGGAAUAUUUGAGGACUAGGACAAUAUUAAUGAUAUGUUAUGCUACAGUUAGUAAACUUUUCCAUUCCAAAAACUUAUGGAGUAAUGCUAUCAAGUUUUGGAAUAUUAUUAAGUCUUUGGAAAAGAAAUCAACUUCAGCUCAUUUGCCAACAAUGAUUAAUUCUAACGUUAAUGAUCUGAUAAGCAACAGAUGGUAGAGACUUGUAAUAAUUGAGUAGUGUUGUAGAGGCAAGUUAUAUACAGUACUAUGUGAUUAUGCUUUAAAACAGGACCAUAAAUUACAAACAUAUCUUAAGCUUUCUUUAAAAAUGAAGAACCUAAGUCUGAAUUCUCAAGCUGUGAAUUCCACCUUUUUCCAUGGCCUAUUUCUGAAAUAGAAGCCUUUCAAGAACUUGUCAGUUUAGAUUAAGAAAAGUCCUAUGGGUGCUCCUAGAAAUGAAAGACUAGUAAGCCUUACUUCUGGACCUGCUAACUCCUUGAAACAGAACACCUAGAUGAACAUAUAUUUGAUAAGAGCACACCAGCAAGGACUCCACAAAGUGAAACACAUAGCCAAAGGAUAUCAUUGGAGCCAGGAACAUUGCAGGAUUUCCAAGCCCUGGUCUACACUAUGAGUUUAGGUCGAAUUUAACAGUGUUCGAUCGAUUUAACCCUGUACCCGUCCACACAACCAAGCCAUUUUUGUUGACUUAAUGGACUCUUAAAAUCGAUUUCUGUACUCCUCCCUGACGAGGGGAUUAGCACUGAAUGAAAUCGACAUCGCCGGGUCGAAUAUGGGGUAUUGUGGAUGCAAUUCGAUGGUAUUGGCCUCCGGGAGCUAUCCCAGAGUGCUCCAUUGUGACCACUCUGGACAGCACACUCAACUCGGAUGCACUGGCCAGGUAGACAGGAAAAGACCCGCAAACUUUUGAAUUUCAUUUCCUGUUUGGCCACCAUGGCAAGCUGAUCAGCACAGGUGACAGUGCAGAUCUCAUCAGCAGAGGUGACCAUGGAGUCCCAGAAUCACAAAAGAGCUCCAGCAUGGACCAAACAGGAGGUACUGGAUCUGAUCACUGUAUGGGGAGAUGAAUCCAUGCUAUCAGAACUCCAUUUGAAAAGACAAAAUGCCAAAAUAUUUGAAAAAAUCUCCAAGGGCAUGAUGGACAGAGGCUAUAACAGCAGUGCUGCAUGAAACUUAAGGAGCUCAGGCAAGCCUACCAAAAAACCCAAGAGGCAAACACCUGCUCAGGGUCAGAGCCCCAGACAUGCCGCUUCUAUGAUGAGCUGCAUACCACUCUAGGGGGUGCCCCUACAACUACCCCACACCUGUACGUGGACUCCUGCAGGGGAGUCUCACACAACAGGAAUGAGGAAGAUGAUGAGGAUGGGGAGGUUGAAGAUAGCGUACACCAGGCAAGUGGAGAAACCCUUAUCCCCGACAGCCAGGAACUGUUUAUCACCCUGGAGUCAAUACCCUCCCAACCUGGGCUCCCGGACCUUGAAAGCAGAGAAGGCACCUCUGCAGCUGCAAAUGUUUCAACGCUGCCACUAGCAUCUCCAUCCCAGAGGCUAGCGCAGGUAAGAAGGCGAAAAAAACGCAUUCGCAAUGAAAUGUUCUCUGAGCUCAGGCAGUCCACCCAAACUGAAAGAACCCAGCAGAAUGCUUGGAGGCAGACAAUGGCAGAGUCCAGGAAAGCACAAAAUGAACACAAGGACAGAUGGCUGGAGCAAGAGGAGAGGUGGCGGCAGCGUGAUGAGAGGAGGCAGGAUGCAAUGCUGAGGCUACUGGAGGAUCAAACUGAUAUGCUCAGGCGUAUGGUUGAGAUGCAGGAAAGGGACAGACCACCACUGCAGCCCCUGUGUAAUCAACCACCCUCCCCCACAAGUUCCAUAGCCUCCUCACCCAGACGCCCAAGAAUGCGGGGGGGGGGGAGGGAGAUGGCUCCGGGCACCCAACCACUCCACCCCAGAGGACUGCCCAAGCAACAGAAGGCUGGCAUUCAAUAAGUUUUGAAGUGCAGCGUGGUCUUGUCCUUCCCUCCUCCCCCACCCCUCCCAGGCUACCUUGGCAGGUAUUCCCCCUAUUUGUGUGACAAAUUAAUAAAGAAUGCAUGAAUUUGAAACAACAAUGACUUCAUUGCCUCUGCAAGCGGUGAUCAAAGGGGGAAAGGGAGGGCGGUUGGCUUACAGGGAAGUAGAGUGAACCAAGGAGGCGAGUUUUCAUCAAGGAGAAACAAACAGUACUGUCACACCGUAGCCUGAUCAGCCAUGAAACUGGUUUUUAAAGCUUCUCUGUUGUGCAGUGCACACUGCUGUGCUCUUCUAAUUGCCCUGGUGUCUGGCUGCACGUAAUCAGUGGCCAGGCGAUUUGCCUCAACUUCCCACCUCGCCAUAAAUGUCUCCCCCCUUACUCUCACAGAUAUUGUGGAGCACACAGCAAGCAGUAAUAACGAUGGGAAUAUUGGUUUUGCUGAAGUCUAACCGAGUCAGUAAACUGCGCCAGAGCACUUUUAAACGUCCAAAUGCACAUUCUACCACCAUUCUGCACUUGCUCAGCCUGUAGUUGAACAGCUCCUGACUACUGUCCAGGCUGCCUGUGUACGGCUUCAUGAGCCAUGGCAUCAAGGGGUAGGCUGGGUCCCCAAGGAUAACUAUAGGCAUUUCAACAUCCCCAACGGUUAUUUUCUGGUCUGGAAAGUAAGUCCCUUGCUGCAGCUGUUCAUAAAGACCAGAGUUCCUGAAGAUGCGAGCGUCGUGUACCUUUCCUGGCCAUCACACGUUGAUGUUGGUGAAACGUCACUUGUGAUCCACCAGAGCUUGCAGCACCAUUGAAAAGUACCCCUUUCGGUUUAUGUACUGGCUGCCUUGGUGCUCCGGUGCCAAGAUAGGACUAUGCGUUCCGUCUAUCGCCCCCCCACAGUUAGGGAAUCCCAUUGCAGCAAAGCCAUCCACUGUGACCUGCACAUUUCCCAGAGUCACUACCCUUGAUAGCAGCAGCUCAGUGAUUGCAUUGGCUACCUGGAUCACAGCAGCCCGCACAGUAGAUUUGUCCACUCCAAAUUGAUUCCUGACUGACCGGUAGCUGUCUGGCAUUGCAAGCUUCCAGAGGGCUAUCACCACUCACUUGUGAACUGUGAGGGCUGCUCUCAUCUUGGUAUUCUUGUGCUUCAGGGCAGGGGAAAGCAAGUCACAAAGAUCCAUGAAAGUGCCCUUACACAUGCGAAAGUUUCGCAGCCACUGGGAAUCAUCCCAGACCUGCAACACUAUGUGGUCCCACCAGUUUGUGCUUGUUUCCUAGGCCCAGAAUCAGCAUUCCAUGGCAUGAGCCUGCCCCAUUGCCACCAGGAUGGCCAAAUUGCUGGGACCUGUGCUUUGAGAGAAGUCUGUGUCCAUGUCCACAUCACUCUCAUCACCGUGCUGCCGUUGCCUCCUCGCCUGCUUUUGCGGGUUCUGGUUCUGCAUAUACUGCAUGAUAAUGCGCGAGGUGUUUACAAUGCUCAUAACUGCCACGGUGAUCUGAGCGAGCUUCAUGCUUGCUGUGGUGUGGCAUCUGCAGGAGAGCAGAGUUGCAGGGGAAGCGGUGAUUGGAUGACCAGUUUUGCAGACCUACUGCACCGUCUGCUGCUAGGACACAACAGCUGAGCGGGCUGCACACUUGCCAUGGUAUGGCGAGACAAAAGCAGCCGAGCAGAGUUGCAGCGGAAGCGGCAGGUGACAGCAGUCAUAUAGAGGACCUGCGAGACCA